AUGCUUCCAGCAAGGCUUGUCUUUCCAUUACUUGGCGCACUCGUGCCAGUGGUAGUUGGCAGUCCACCAGAAGAUGCUAAGCGCAACAGGGCUGGAAUGGAAGGCUUGGUGCCUUUAUACUUGUGGGUGCAAAACAAGACCAAGCAACGCUUCUUGAACAUGUGCCGUGAGGAGAACGUCAGCAUCUCCGAAAUGCUGAUGAGAUGGGCUUCGUUUCAAGCUGUUGAGAGGCCUGCGCUUCCUGGGGAUCAAUGGAGAACUCGCAGUGAAAGUGGGGUAUCGCCUGCAGAACAGAUGAAACCAGAGUCAACUGGUGGGGUUGGGCCCAAUCUUCGGGAGGUGACCAAAGAGAGGAAGCCGCUGGGUCAAACUUUCAUGCUGGAUCUGCGAGAAGCUGACGUGAACUUGCUGAAGAAAGCAGGGAGAAAACAAUCGCUCUUGGCAACCUGGACAACAGGGGAGUCCAAGUACAUGAGUUUAGCGCUGAAUUUGGCACUCUCAGUGCGGCGCAACACUCCGCAUCUGGAGAGGAGCUUUGUGUGCAUCGCACUGGAUCGUGAAGCCCGCCGUGCCAUGCGGAAACAUAGGUUCCAGACCAUCCUUCACGCAGUACCACGCCUUGACCUGAAAGAUGCAAUUUGGAAAAUGCGGUGGUUUAUUUUGCAUACCUUUGCUUACUUCGGGGUCAAUGGCUUUGUUCUGGACUCAGACAUUGUGGUGCUGCGAAGUCCAUUUGAAGUCUUGAAAGGGGAUGCUGAUUUUGAGGUGAUGACAGAUCAUUUCUGGCCAGAACUUCAUUUGUGGGAGUAUUGGACCAGACCCGAGGAGCACAUCAAUACUGGAUGCAUCUAUGUAAAGGCUUCGAACCGCACCAAGGCAUUCCUGUAUGAGUUCUUGGAGGACCACAACGAGACUCAGGUCGGUGGUAUCCCUCGCCAUUGGAUGGACCAGCAAGUGUUCAACAAGUUUGUGCAGCGCAAGCUCUUCCAUUCGUCCAGUGAUUUAGUGCAUGGUUUGUACGAGAGCCAGAUCUACCGGAACACAAGGCCGCUCCUGCCAGUUGUGGACCCAAUACGUAUCAGAAUCCUGGAUCCGGUCGUGGUGGCCCAUGGCAUGAACUACUUUUGGAUUCGAGCUCAUGAACGGCCUGGGCAGGAGCGGCAACCCGUCCUCGCUCACGCCAAUGGAGUAGACGGAAAAGAGUACUUUUUGCGGGAUCGAAAGCUUUGGUAUCUUAAUGACUUUGAGACUCGCUUUGAGGGGCAAAAUUUUUUGACCUAUGAGCACCCGCCGCGCCUGUCAUUGGCGAAUGACUUUCGGCAUCUCACAAGAGCUGUGGUAGUAGCAGCUUCUUUGAAGCGGCGUUUGGUCUUGCCAAAUCGCAUGAAUUGCAACAACUGCCCAGCGCUCGAAGCCUAUAAAGGGACGGCAAUGCUGGGAACGAGCAACUGUACUUUUGACUACUUUGCUUGGUCACAAAGCUUUUUGGGCCACCAUGGAGAAUUGGUAGUUGAAAGCGGACUGGAGUCAGAUCCGCAUUUCGCACUACUUUCAGCAGAGACAGCAACGUCCGACCACUUUGUUGAGCUCUUCCAAGCAGCAUGGAAAGGUGGCCAUGGCGGUAAGGGCAACUUCCGGUCCAGAAGGCUGCACAUUGCAGACUUGGAAUUGGCUUACAAAACUGCUCUUGAAGUUGGGUUUAGACCGGCUAUGGUGUUUGAGUGUCGUCAUCACGACUGGCCGGUCGGUUGGAUGGCUUGCCGCGAUCAACGAUUUGUGCAAGCUCAAGGCAUGUUUUCGCGCUGUGAAGCAUUCCCAGAGCAAGGGGGGUGUGGAUACCGUGGGGUGACGUGCUGUGAAGCCUUCUGGGGAUGGAGUGAGAAACUGGAAUACUUCACUGGGAAGUCUUGGGAUUUGCCAUGCAACUGUGGUUUGUCAGAAUGCGAGCCGAGAGAAGGCGCAGAAAGGGCACAGGGAUGCUGCGCAUUUGCAGGAGGUCAGCCUAGAUGUGACCGGCGGAUACGCAUGGAGUCUGUACCUGAAAUCAACACACCAGAAGACACCGAGUCUUUGACUUCCACUGCACUUGCUGAACUGGAAGCCUUUGGCGAUCCCAUCUCCUUUUGGAAGACUUGCAGAUUAAACCGUCAGCUCAGAGCUUCAGAUAAAACAAUUGAGGAGUUGUUGUGGAACUGCCAUCGAUUGGCUACUCGCUUUUUGCUCUUAAAGCAGAACUUGGAUGUUUUGGGUCGUUGGUGUCGCUUUGCACAUCGUUUGAGACGAGCAGCCACUGACACUGCAGAUUUAGCCUUUCCCCGAAACUGGCCAAGCCCAACUCUUCUUCGACCUUUCAAUGCAGAGACUGGCAAGGUGGAAGUCCUGCGGACAGAAGAUUUGAACUUGAAGCUUUCUCACGAUCUUGCACAACUUGGUUUCUUGCAGCAGAAGUUCUCCAGGUCGGAGAUCCUUGAGGUAGUUGAAGGGUUGCGACUGCUCGGAAACAUCAAGGUGUUUGAUUCCAUUUACGCUGGAAACCGUGCACGGUUCGUGCCAGAACUGAAAGCAGAGGUGAACAUUACUAUAGAUCCUCUUGUGGACAGUUUCUCCGUCACAGAUGGCAUUUUAAAUUCAAGUUUGGUCGAAGCAUUGGCUGACUGGUUCGCUGAAGCGACAAUUUGGCAUGCGCCACACUUGCAAGGGCAACUCCUACAAGCCUCCCUGCUAGAUGGAUUGAAUUGCGAGGCGUUGAUGAGUGUGGCCAGUGGUUUCAAGUCUCAACUACGUACAUUGGUUCUAGAGAACAUGUGGGCGUGGAAAUUGAACGCGAUGGAUACACACCCUCCAGUACGUGUUUACAGCAACAGCCAGUUUGGCGCUCCUGAUUUGUUAUUGUUGUUUUGGGUUUCCGAUGGUGAAGAAAGUGAGGGCCUGGAGCUCACUCGGAGUAAAAGAAGACACUUCAUUCAGAGACGAAAGAACCGCGUUGUUCUCUGGGGUCCAGAAUGGAUUGGAGCGCUUCACUUCGGAAGAGCACAGAGUGAAUACAGGGCUAAACAAGUUGACUUGAUCAUGAGCUUCCGCAAAAGCUUUGGUCACAAGCUGUACCCUGGUUGGGGUGUGCACGCUUUGCAGUGGUCCGGUGAAUCAGCAUGA